AUGGAGUUUAGGGAGGAAGGAGAAGGAGAGCCAGUGAGCCCCACUGGCCAAUACUUCAACAGUUCUAUCUUAUCUGUUGCAAUUCUUGCAGUUUUGGAAUUUGAGGUUCCAAUCAAUGAUUCCCAAACUCUCUCUUUGCUUCAAGAUGUCUUCCUCCCUAUCAACCCUCGCUUCUCUUCUAUCAUGGUACGUGACAACCCAGAUCAAAAGAAACAAUGGAAGAGGGUUGAAGUGAAGCUUGAAGACCAUGUUCAUGUCCCCAUUUUCCCUUCUAAAAUGUCACAAGAAUCCUAUGAUGAAUAUUUUGAUGACUACAUAUCAAAUAUAGCAGCAGAAAAACUCCCACAAAACAGGCCAUUAUGGGAAAUUCACAUUCUCAAGUACCCAACAAGCCACGCAGCCGGUACCCUGAUUUUCAAGCUUCACCAUGCCCUAGGUGAUGGCUACUCUCUAAUGGGUGCUCUUCUUUCUUGUCUGCAAACUGCUCAAAACCCUUCUGUUCCUCUAACAUUUCCUUCCCUGAAGAGCUCAUCAGGACCAAAAACUACUCACAUGACUAAAACUGUGUCUCAGUUUUUCUCUUCAGUUUUCCAAACUGUAUCGGAUUUCAGUUGGAGCAUUUUGAAGAGCAAUUUCGUAGAAGAUGAUCGAACUCCGAUUAGGUCUGGGGAAGAUGGAGUUGAGUUUCGGCCAAUAACACUAUCAACAUUGACGUUCUCCAUUGAUGAAAUCAAACUGAUCAAGAACAAACUUGGAGUG